AUGCUGCUGGAGGUUUACUGUUGAUUUCUUCAUUAGUCUUCUAAAUCACAGUACUUUAACCAUAUAUUAAACAAUAAGGCAUUUUUACAGGAAACAAGAUUGGUUGUCUUUAAUGUUCUCAGAGUCGAGCUGCGUGUAGUUAUAAAUACCUUUAUGAAAACUGAAAUGGAAACAGAAUCAACGUCUCUCAGUUCCAUGUGUGAUCCAUCCUACUGUUCAGUGUCAAAGUACUUCGAUAGUUUCACUAUAAAUACUUCUAAAUCAAUGUUUGCUCUUCAUGCUAGGCUGCCCUGAAUGUGGGUUGUGAUUUGUGUUCGCAAUAGAGAGAGAGAGAAACACAGAGAGAAAGGAAAGGAAGCUGGUUGAGAGAAUGCCAAGAUUGUUCAAUUUCGAAAUUUGGUUGUGCAUUAGCCCAUGUCAGCUAACAUUAUGUUUUGGGUAAGUUAGUCUAGCGGCCAGCUAUCUAAACUAAUCUAAUCAUGGUCGAAUUACCAACCGGGGGCCCCAUUGAUUUAGUUAGUCACUCUCACUCAGAUAUCAUAUUAAAAACUGCAAACAUGUCUCUCUCUCCACCCAAUGACAAAUGUAGAAUUGCAGGAAAUUACCUGUAAAACUAAAACAUUUUGUCUCCGCACCAUGGCAAAAUGAGUAGAAUUGCAUGAAAUUAGUUUUAUAAUUGCAAAAUCUUCUCUAUGCCCCAUGGCAAAAUUGCAAGAAAUGAACUCUAAAACUUUCUUUUUUCUCUCUCUGCUGUCAAGAGGGGUUCCACUAAAAUGUUUUGCUGGAGAGGUGGGUGGUGCGUAGGGCUCUCGAUGGUGCAGCUGCCAAAAGGCUAGGGCCUGCUCUGACCACCUAGGGCCUGCUCUGACCACCUAGGGCCUGCUCUGACCACCUAGGGCCUGACCACCUAGGGUCUGCUCUGACCACCUAGGGCCUGCUCUGACCACCUAGGGCCUGCUCUGACCACCUAGGGCCUGCUCUGACCACCUAGGGCCUGCUCUGACCACGUGUAGAUAAAGCAAAGCAGUGAGGUAAAAACAACAACACAGAGUUACAUAUGGGGUAAAACAAAACAUAAAGUCAAAAAUGCAACAGAAUAUAUAUAUACAGUGUGUGCAAAUGUAGCAAGUUAUGGAGGUAAGGCAAUAAAUAGGCCAUAGUGCAAAAUAGUUACAAUUUCGUAUUAACACCGGAAUGAUAGACUGAUACCAGUCAUUUCCUUUCGAAUCAGUGAAUGGAAGUAAACAAGGUCUUUGAGAGGAAGGAGAGAUAAGACAUAGCUACUGUAAUGUUUGUCAAGAGACUGUUAUAUCACGUUACACCGUGUGUUGAAGACUUUCCAUGCCGUUUGGCGUUUUUGUCUUUUUCAGGAAGGGAAGAAGAAGUUUGACAAGGAGACAGAGAAAUACUACACCGUUCUAGAGAAGCACCUGGCCUUGUCCUCCAGGAAGAAAGAGACAUUCUUACAAGAGGUAAAUCCCCGAGUUCCUAACUAUGAGCCCACUUGAUACUUUUCCAUUUUAUAUCUGCUUCAAGCAACGGGACCUUUGUGAUUAGUGAUGAAUGUCCCAAAUGGUACCUUAUUCCUAUGGGCCCUAGUUAAAUGGUACCUUAUUCCUAUGGGCCCUAGUUAAAUGGUACCUUAUUCCUAUGGGCCCUAGUUAAAUGGUACCUUAUUCCUAUGGGCCCUAGUUAAAUGGUACCUUAUUCCUAUGGGCCCUAGUUAAAUGGUACCUUAUUCCUAUGGGCCCUAGUUAAAUGGUACCUUAUUCCUAUGGGCCCUAGUUAAAUGGUACCUUAUUCCUAUGGGCCCUAGUUAAAUGGUACCUUAUUCCUAUGGGCCCUAGUUAAAUGGUACCUUAUUCCUAUGGGCCCUAGUUAAAUGGUACCUUAUUCCUAUGGGCCCUAGUUAAAUGGUACCUUAUUCCUAUGGGCCCUAGUUAAAUGGUACCUUAUUCCUAUGGGCCCUAGUUAAAUGGUACCUUAUUCCUAUGGGCCCUAGUUAAAUGGUACCUUAUUCCUAUGGGCCCUAGUUAAAUGGUACCUUAUUCCUAUGGGCCUAGUUAAAUGGUACCUUAUUCCUAUGGGCCCUAGUUAAAUGGUACCUUAUUCCUAUGGGCCCUAGUUAAAUGGUACCUUAUUCCUAUGGCCCUAGUUAAAUGGUACCUUAUUCCUAUGGGCCCUAGUUAAAUGGUACCUUAUUCCUAUGGGCCCUAGUUAAAUGGUACCUUAUUCCUAUGGACCCUAGUUAAAUGGUACCUUAUUCCUAUGGGCCCUAGUUAAAUGGUACCUUAUUCCUAUGGGCCCUAGUUAAAUGGUACCUUAUUCCUAUGGACCCUAGUUAAAUGGUACCUUAUUCCUAUGGGCCCUAGUUAAAUGGUACCUUAUUCCUAUGGGCCCUAGUUAAAUGGUACCUUAUUCCUAUGGGCCCUAGUUAAAUGGUACCUUAUUCCUAUGGGCCCUAGUUAAAUGGUACCUUAUUCCUAUGGGCCCUAGUUAAAUGGUACCUUAUUCCUAUGGGCCCUAGUUAAAUGGUACCUUAUUCCUAUGGCCCUAGUUAAAUGGUACCUUAUUCCUAUGGGCCCUAGUUAAAUGGUACCUUUUUCCUAUGGGCCCUAGUUAAAUGGUACCUUAUUCCUAUGGGCCCUAGUUAAAUGGUACCUUAUUCCUAUGGGCCCUAGUUAAAUGGUACCUUAUUCCUAUGGGCCCUAGUUAAAUGGUACCUUAUUCCUAUGGGCCCUAGUUAAAUGUAGUGCAAUGGAGCUUUUCUAAGACCAACUGCACUCUGUCAGUGACAGCACUGUUGUUUAUCCUGCUGGUUGCACCGUACCUUCACGGUCAAACACACGGAAGAGUACUCUCGAAACCGGAUGGUGUAACCAUUAACCCUUUCUCAAAUAGUCUCCACAGUAUACACACACACACACACACACACACACACACACACACACAGACAGACACACAGACACACACACACACACUACCUUUCCCUUUUUCCUAAAGUUCAGGCCUUGUUUAACUGCCCUAUUUCACCUCCAGGCAGACACACAGAUUGACAAAGAGAGACAGGUCUUCUAUGAUGCCUCCCUGGAGUACGUUUUCAAGAUCCAGGAGGUCCAAGAAAAGAAGAAGUUUGAAUUUGUGGAACCGGUGAGUACCGUUUCAGUAUUCAGCUCGGAGCGAAGUGUUCCAUUUGGUAGUCAAGGCAACCCCGCUAAAUGUAAAAGUUUAUACAGCUUACAUUAGUUUGGAUGUAAUGUUGUUGUCUCUCCCUCUCAGCUGCUGGCCUUCCUGCAGGGUCUGUUCACGUUCUACCAUGAAGGAUACGAGCUCGCUCACGAGUUUGAGCCUUACAAACAACAGCUCCAGUUCAACCUGCAGAACGUAAGUAGCCUGGUCCCAGAUCAGACCUGUUUAUCCUGGUCCCAGAUCAGACCUGUUUAUCCUGGUCCCAGAUCAGACCUGUAGUCUUUACUAAGUAGCCUGGUCCCAGAUCAGACCUGUAGUCUUUACUAAGUAGCCUGGUCCCAGAUCAGACCUGUUUAUCCUGGUCCCAGAUCAGACCUGUAGUCUUUACUAAGUAGCCUGGUCCCAGAUCAGACCUGUUUAUCCUGGUCCCAGAUCAGACCUGUAGUCUUUACUAAGUAGCCUGGUCCCAGAUCAGACCUGUUUAUCCUGGUCCCAGAUCAGACCUGUGUAUCCUGGUCCCAGAUCAGACCUGUGUAUCCUGGUCCCAGAUCAGACCUGUGUAUCCUGGUCCCAGAUCAGACCUGUUUAUCCUGGUCCCAGAUCAGACCUGUGUAUCCUGGUCCCAGAUCAGACCUGUGUAUCCUGGUCCCAGAUCAGACCUGCGUUAACUAACCCUUCUAACUGUCCACCAACUCCUCUAACUACUGUCAAAUCAAAUCACAUUUUAUUUGUCACAUGCGCCGAAUACAACAGGUGUAGACCUCACCGUGAAAUGCUCACUUACAAGCCCUUAACCAACAAUGCAGUUCAAGACAUAUAUUUACUGAAUAAAAAUAAAUAAAAGUAACACAAUAAAAUAACAAUAACAAGGCUAUAUUUAGUGGGUAUCAUUACCGAGUCAAUGUGUGGGGGUACAGGUUAGUCGAGGUAAUUUGUACAUGUAGGUAGGGGUAAAGUGACUAUGCAUAGAUAAUAAACAGCUAGUAGCAGCAGUGUAAAAUCAAAGGGGAGGGGGGGUCCUGGAUGGCAGGAAGCUUGGCCCCAGUGAUGUACUGUGCCGUACGCACCACCCUCUGUAGCGCCUUACGGUCAGAUGCCAAGCAGUUGCCAUACCAGGCGGUGAUGCAACCUGUCGAGGAUGCUCUCGAUGGUGCAGCUGUUGAACUUUAUGAGGAUCUGGGGACCCCAUGCCAAAUCUUUUCAGUCUCCUGAGGGGGGAAAGGUGUUGUCGUGCCCUCUUCACGACUGUCUUGGUGUGUUUGGACCAUGAUAGUUUGUUGGAGAAGUGGACAUCAAGGAAAUUGAAGCUCUCAACCUGCUCCACUACAGCCCCGUCGAUGAGAAUGGGGGCAUGUUCGGCCCUCCUUUUCCUGUAGUCCACGAUCAUCUCCUUUGUCUUGAUCACGUUGAGGGAGAAGUUGUUGUCCUGGCACCACACGGCCAGGUCUCUGACCUCCUACCUAUAGGCUGUCUCAUCGUUGUCAGUGAUCAGGCCUACCACUGUUGUGUCAUCGGCAAACUUAAUGAUGGUGUUGGAGUCGUGCCUGGCCAUGCAGUCAUGGGUGAACAGGGAGUACAGGAGGGGACUGAGCACGCACCCCUGAGGGGCCCCCGUGUUGAGGAUCAGCGUGGCAUAUGUGUUGUUGCCUACCCUUACCACCUGGGGGCGGCCCGUCAGGAAGUCCAGGAUCCAGUUGCGGAGGGAGGUGUUUAGUCCCAGGGUCCUUAGCUUAGUGAUGAGCUUUGUGGGCACUAUGGUGUUGAACGCUGAGCUGUAGUUUAUGUAUGGCAACGAUAGUUAAGUGAGUUGGCUAAAGUUUGAGCCCAGAGCAGUACUCUACCUCCAGCUUCAGUCUGCAGAGCGUUCAUAUUCAUAUCAUGCUGUAACUCUUAACACCUGAGGGGUAGUGUAGCCCACUCAAACCCACUAAAUCACAAAAGCUCACAGCAAAAUUAAAAUGUAUGGUGUACUUAACUCCAGAAUAUAUUGACUGGAGAAAAUAUUGAUAUGUCUCUUUGGGUGCUGUAGCCCAGGAGUUUCAUUCAGGUUGAAACCACAGCAGAGUGGUCGUUGUUCAGGUUGAAACCACAGCAGAGUGGUCGUUGUUCAGGUUGAAACCACAGCAGAGUGGUCGUUGUUCAGGUUGAAACCACAGCAGACUGGUCGUUGUUCUCCUGGCCUUCUCUUCCAUUACUGGUGACCCUCUCCUGGCCUUCUAUUCCAUUACUUGUUGACCCUCUCCUGGACUUUCUCUUCCGUUACUGUGGACCUCUCCUGGCCUUCUCUUCCAUUAAUGUGAACCUCAUCCUGGACUUCUAUUCCAUUACUGUGACCCCUCGCCUGGACUUCUCUUCCCGUUACUGUGACCUUCGCCUGGACUUCUUCUUCUGUCCGUUACGGUGACCUCCUCCUGGACUUCUCUUCCAUUACUGUGACCUCUCCUGGGACUUCUCUUCCAUUACGGUGACCUCUCCUGGCCUUCUCUUUCCAUUAAUGUGGACCUCCUCGCUUUGUUUUUCCCCCCCCUUACUGUGGACCUCUCCUCGUCCUGGCCUUCUCUUCCAUACUGAGACCUCUCCUGGCCUUCUCUUCAUUCUGAACUCUCCUGGCUUCUUUUCCAUUACGUGACCUCCCUGGCCUUCUUCUUAUGUGACUCUCUGGCCUCUCUCAUUAUGUGACUCUCUUGCCUUUUCCAUUACUGUGACCUCUCCUGCUCUUCUUCGAUUCUGUGACUCUCCUGGCCUUCUCUUCCAUUACUGUGACCUCUCCUGGCCUUCUAUUCCAUUACUGUGACCUCUCCUGGCCUUCUCUUCCGUUACUGUGACCUCUCCUGGCCUUCUCUUCCAUUACUGUGACCUCUCCUGGCCUUCUCUUCCAUUACUGUGACCUCUCCUGGACUUCUCUUCCGUUACUGUGACCUUCCGGAUUCUCACUGUGACCUCUCUGUCUUCUCUUCAUUACUGUGACCUCUCCUGGCCUUCUCUUCCAUUAUGUGACCUCUCUUCCAUUCUGUGACUCUCGGCCUUCUCUUCCAUUACUGUGACCUCUCCUGGCCUUCUCUUCCAUUACUGUGACCUCUCCUGGCCUUCUCUUCCAUUACUGUGACCUCUCCUGGCCUUCUCUUCCAUUACUGUGACCUCUCCUGGACUUCUCUUCCAUUACUGUGACCUCUCCUGGCCUUCUCUUCCAUUACUGUGACCUCUCCUGGCCUUCUCUUCCAUUACUGUGACCUCUCCUGGACUUCUAUUCCAUUACUGUGACCUCUCCUGGACUUCUAUUCCAUUACUGUGACCUCUCCUGGCCUUCUCUUCCAUUACUGUGACCUCUCCUGGCCUUCUCUUCCAUUACUGUGACUCUCCUUGCCUUCUCUUCCAUUUUUCAAAUUUUGCCACUUCAAGUCUCUGGCCCCCAAUUUCUCUCUGACCCAGAUGUCAGCUCCGCUGGCCCGAGUACCCUCUCCCUGCCCCCAACAGACACACAGGGUGCUGAGUGCAUUAACAAGGCUCUGCCCCCCCCCCCGGGGUACCUACUCUGUAACCCUCACUCCCUGGGUUAGCAGACACAAUUACACACAUACACACAUACACACACACACACACACACACACAUACACACACACAAACAGGGUACUACCAGGGCUCAGCUUGCCCCCGGAGUGCCCACUCAGUAACCCUCUCUGUGGGCUAGCAGACGCAGUAACAGCGUCUGGUGUGGAUGAGCCUGUCUCGGCUAGCCUCUCGUGAAGACUGAGGCUGUGAGCAAAUGUGAAACAGCACCAUUAUUCCAUAUAGAGUGCACUAGUUUUGGACUGAGACCAAUUCGACUCUGUGGGGAAUAUAGGGGUGCCAUUGGGGGAAGCACACAGUGUGUCAUGGUGACUUGCUCAGUGAAAAAUGGAGACGUCUUCCACCGGGCGUUUCUUCAUCUGGCGCCGUGGAGCAUUAAUUAUGUAUGUAUUUCUCAGUAUAUCCCACUGGCUCACCAGAAAAAUGCUUUUAUAAUGUAUGGUGUAUAGGUGUUGGUGUUAUUGUGUUUGAUAAGAACACAGCAGCUUUAUUCAUCAUCUGUUAUGAUGCAAGUUCUCUCUUUUGACCCAUGGAAGCUGGUUUUGUGCCGAUCUUUAUAUUUUGAUCUGUGUGUGUGUGUGUGUGUGUGUGUGUGUGUGUGUGUGUGUGUGUGUGUGUGUGUGUGUGUGUGUACACACACAGACGAGGAACAACUUUGUGAGUACGAAGCAGGAGGUAGAGAAACUGAUGAAGAGAAUCAGAUCAGCUGAUCAGGACUACAAACCUCCAGGACAGUGGACCAUGGAGGGAUUCCUCUACGUCCAGGAGAAACGUGAGUCUAACCCCUAACCCUUAACCCCUAACCUCCAGGACAGUGGACCAUGGAGGGAUUCCUCUACGUCCAGGAGAAACGUGAGUCUAACCCCUAACCCUUAACCCCUAACCCCCAGGACAGUGGACUAACUCUAACCCCACCCUCUGACUCAUACACUAACCCAGAUCUAUAAGUACUUUUUGUCAAACUCGUCUGACUAUGUUGGCUAAAGAACAGGCUUUAUUGUGUUGUAUUCCUUUCUUUCUGUCUUUCUCUCUGAAGAAACCGUCUUCUACUAGCUAGCUCCAAUAACUAUGUUGCUCCUAGCUAGCUCCAAUAACUCUGUUGCUCCUAGCUAGCUCCAAUAACUCUGUUGCUCCUAGCUAGCUCCAAUAACUCUGUUGCUCCUAGCUAGCUCCAAUAACUCUGUUGCUCCUAUUCCACAUACCUCUAACUAGUUCACAUAAAUGUAACUGAGAACAUAACCUUACUCUGAGAACAUAACCUUACUCUGAGAACAUAAUCUUACUCUGAGAACAUAACCUUACUCUGAGAACAUAAUCUUACUCUGAGAACAUAACCUUACUCUGAGAACAUAAUCUUACUCUGAGACCAUAACCUUACUCUGAGAACAUAACCUUACUCUGAGAACAUAACCUUACUCUGAGAACAUAACUUUAACUCUUAACUCUGAGACCAUAACUUUAACUAUGAGAUCAUAACUCUAACUCUGAAAACACAACUUUAACUCUGAGAAGAUGACUUUAAAUCUGAGAACAUAAUGCUAACUCUGAGAACAUAACUUUACUCUGAGACCAUAACUCUAAAUCUGAGACCAUAACUCUAACUCUGAGAACAUAACUAUAACUCUGAACUCUAACUCUGAGACCAUAACUCCCUCCUGUAGCUCAGUUGGUAGAGCAUGGUGCUUGCAAUGCCAGGGUUGUGGGUUCGAUUCCCACAGGGGGGCCAGUAUGAAAAAUGAAUGCACUCACUAACUGUAAGUCGCGCUGGAUAAGAGCGUCUGAAAAAUGUGAAAUUGUAACUCUGAGAACAUAACUCUGAGAACAUGACUCUAACUCUGAGAAUGUAACUCUAUCUCAUUUCAUGUUCCUGAUCCAGCUUUGAUGUGCUCUCAAACUAGUACUGGAGGAAAUACCCUGAAUACUGGAAACUUUAUCUCAGAUGAUAAACAACAACAACAACAUGUUGUUCUAUCUUACUUAAUUAUGAAUUUAAUUUCAGAAGUCCUUCCAGAACAUUGUGGUUUCAGGAAGCAAUCAUGGCUUAGCUUGGCAGUCCCAAAUUGCAGCCUUUUCCCUACAUAGUGCACUACUUUUGACCAGAUCCCUACAGGCCCUAGUGAAAAAGUAGUGCCUUUUUCGAUGUAUUUGUUAUUUCAUGGCCAAUCAUGGCUGUGUUGUUCCUUGUCUCUGUUUCAGGGCCGCUGGGAUGCACGUGGACGCGACACUACUGUACGUAUGAGAAGGGCAGCAAAACCUUCACCAUGACCAACUUUGAAACCAAAUCAGCUGGCAAACAGGUAGUGUAUAUUGCAGUACACAGGCAUCUAGUGGACAGUGAUAAACAUUAUAUUAUUACUGUCCAGAGUGUUUCCUGACCAGGAAAUACUCUGGGCCCUAGUUCUAGACUAUAAGCUAGAGCUGACCCAGGAAAUACUCAAGGCCCUAGUUCUAGGCUAUAAACUAGAGCUGACCAGGGAAAUACUCACGGACUAGUUAUUGGCUAUAAACUCAGACCUGAUCUCAGAGUUUUACCUGGUCUACUCAGGAAAAGGGCCCUAUAAAUGAUUUCCUCUGUUGGAAUUGCAUUUUAAACCCAUAAGGUAUCUUUGUCAACAAGCACUAACUCCUUUAAAUCCUCCCAUAUCCUCUGUUGUGUUCUACACCAGUCUAAUCAUGAGUUCCUCUGUUGUGUUCUACACCAGUCUAAUCAUGAGUUCCUCUGUUGUGUUCUACACCAGUCUAAUCAUGAGUUCCUCUGUUGUGUUCUACACCAGUCUCAUCAUGAGUUCCUCUGUUGUGUUCUACACCAGUCUAAUCAUGAGUUCCUCUGUUGUGUUCUAGAAUGGUCUGGUGGUGAGUCCAUCUGAGAUGUUCAAGCUGAAGUCCUGUAUCCGGAGGAAGACUGACUCCAUCGACAAGCGAUUCUGCUUCGACAUCGAAGUGGUGGAAAGGUCUGUCAUCAUUCUUCAUAUCAGUAUUUCUAUGAAUCACCUUUUUAUUACUAAAAUGGCGCUCCUACUACUACUUGGCCUGCUAGACCCUGCCCUAUCUGUGCUUUAGCCAAAUGGCUAUGACUAUGACUAUGGCAUGGCAACGGUUGUCAACGACUCUAGCCAACUGCUGUAAAUAUGGUAUGCCUAUGGCAUUGGCAUGGCAACGGUAGUCAAUGACUCUAUCCAACUGCUGUAAAUAUGGUAUGCCUAUGUCAUGGCAACGUUAGUCAAUGACUCUAGCCAACUGCUGUAAAUAUGGUAUGCCUAUGGCAUUGGCAUGGCAACGGUAGUCAAUGACUCUAUCCAACUGCUGUAAAUAUGGUAUGCCUAUGUCAUGGCAACGGUAGUCAAUGACUCUAGCCAACUGCUGUAAAUAUGGUAUGCCUAUGGCAUUGGCAUGGCAACGGUAGUCAAUGACUCUAGCCAACUGCUGUAAAUAUGGUAUGCCUAUGUCAUGGUAACGGUAGUCAAUGACUCUAGCCAACUGCUGUAAAUAUGGUAUGCCUAUGGCAUUGGCAUGGCAACGGUAGUCAAUGACUCUAGCCAACUGCUGUAAAUAUGGUAUGCCUAUGGCAUGGCAACGGUUGUCAAUGACUCUAUCCAACUGCUGUAAAUAUGGUAUGCCUAUGGCAUGGCAACGGUAGUCAAUGACUCUAGCCAACUGCUGUAAAUAUGGUAUGCCAUGGCAUGGCAACGGUAGUCAAUGACUCUAGCCAACUGCUGUAAAUAUGGUAUGCCUAUGGCAUGGCAACGGUAGUCAAUGACUCUAGCCAACUGCUGUAAAUAUGGUAUGCCAUGGCAUGGCAUGGCAACGGUUGUCAAUGACUCUAGCCAACUGCUGUAAAUAUGGUAUGCCAAUGGCAUGGCAUGGCAACGGUUGUCAAUGACUCUAGCCAAUUGCUGUAAAUAUGGUAUGCCAAUGGCAUGGCAUGGCAACGGUUGUCAAUGACUCUAGCCAAUUGCUGUAAAUAUGGUAUGCCUAUGGCAUGGCAUGGCAACGGUUGUCAAUGACUCUAGCCAAUUGCUGUAAAUAUGGUAUGCCUAUGGCAUGGCAAUGGUAGUCAGUGACUCACAAACUGCGCUGAGUAACAAUGUACAGUUUGGCUUAAACACAUAAAGAUCUAUUAUCCAGCUAGCUCCUAUAAGUGUCACUGAAAACAUGAACAUAAUAGAAACUAGAUUACAGCAAACAGUAACAGUAAUAGUAAUCAUAGACACUUAAAUAUGAACAAAUUAAGAGGCCUUUAUCAACAUUAUGAUUACAGUAACAGACCCAGUUGUCAUCGUAGUGAUUGUUGUCGUCAGACUAGUGCUGGUUCCACUGAAGUCACUUGGGACUGAUUGCAACUGAAUGGGAUUUGAAAAGACAGACGCCAUAUGCGGAAAACAAGUGCAUUUCCCUUUUGAUUAGAUGUUUAAACUUCCUGUUUAAACCUUAUUGGCUGUUUUUAGCUAUUGUUGUUAUUAGUGUGUAGAUGUGUUUAGAUGUUUUCAGCUCUGCGUCCUGCAUGUUCUUUAAGUGUCCUUUUUACUGAAGCCUUUUUGUUUUACUAAAUGUGCUAGCUAGCAGUUAGUCUUUUAUACAGAGAUGAUUUUAUUUUAUUUUUCUGUUAUUUGUACCCAUUUCUUCUUUUCUCUGUGUUUCUUCGUGUCGAUGUAGAACUGACAUCUGUCAUGGAACUCUUUUCCGACCUCUUCAGUUAAAGUUCUGUAAAGUCCGGUACGUUGCUGUACUGUUGCUAUCCUGCCCCCCCCCCCCCCCUCUCUCAGAGCAGUGUGCAUGUUUCUGCAUGUGUUUAAGGCUGAUAGUCAUCCCCAUUCAUUCACUCUUUACAACUUCUAAUGAACUUUGAAUAAAAAUACAUUGCUUUUUUUUUUUCUUCACCAAUCACAAUCACCGAAUCAGACUUCACCAAUCACAAUCAACGAAUCAGACUUCACCAAUCACAAUCAAUCGUGAUGGGAAAGGAAAGCGUGACGUAAAUAAAUACUCCACUUGAAUAAUUUCUUCUCAUCUACAAUUACUAUAAUCGUUUAUCGAUUUCAAUAAUAUCAUUCUGACUUUAAGUAAUGGAUUCAUUCAUCAACUUGAUUCCAUUUGUACAAUUUUCAGAUUUCAGAGACCCUUAAUGCAUGGGGGGGAACAUUGUUUAUUAAUAGGACUUAAAUGUUUGACUAGCCCAGUAAGAAGGGCAGGGAGUGAGGCAGACAGACGUUCAGAUGCAGAUCAAACCGGUCCUGGAGGAGAAGAAAAAUCAAUUGAUCAAGUGGUUUCAUUCAUGAGAUGACGGCAUCAGAACAGGCAGGCCUCGCUCGGCUGAGUCGGUGUGUUUCAAAAUGGAGCGGUAGCUAACCACCACACCUGGAUUCAAAUACUAUUUGAAAUCUUUCAAAUCAUUUCAGCAUUUGUUCUAGCCUGCCUAGGAUGCCAGAUGGGCAGGUAUACAGGUUUGGGAAUAUUCUAUAAGUACAUCCAUUGGUUUGAUUAAUACAGGCAACAUAAAAAAAAAACAACAUAUCAAGUAUUUUAAAUGAUACAAAAAAAAAGUAUUUGAACCUAGGUCUGGUCAGGGCAGCUGUCUUCACCUCCAAUCCGAGCGCUGCUGAGCUGAGCAUGGACAAUAACUCCUGUUUAACUGGCUGGGUAGCUAACUAAUUUAUCACCUGAAAGAUCAGAUAUGCUUAUUCUAACCGCGAGGGCAACGUGGAGCCACGACCCCAGUCAGCUUCCUGUACGGUGUACAUUUGAGGACAUCCUUAUCCUCAAGCCUCACCAGGGGGAUACGGUGGAGUUGCCCCUGAUCUUCGGUCAGUUUUUGUUUUUUUCCACUAAUCGUUAAGGUUAGUAUUGGGGGAGGGGAAGCUGAUCUGUACCUAGGGAAAGUUUACCCAGGAGCCCUCACAUCAGAGUGAGGCAUGACGCUUGCGACUGAGGUUGUCCUAAAAUGGACACCGUAUGUUCAUCUCCAGCUCAUCCAUUCAUCAUCAUUACAUUACACUUGCUGUCUGUGUGUUCUCAGCCUUCAUGUUUAAUAGCAACUAUACACAGCAGCAGCAUCAUCUAGCUACAAGGCUUUCAGCUAGUGCUAACCCUUACUACUAGCUGCUGGGGGGUAAUGUUGGGAAUGCAUCAAUGUAUGAGUACAUGUUAGCCUGUAUUUACUAUUACAUGGAUACUAUAACAUUAAUACUAUUACAUGGAUACAAUUACAUGGAUACAAUUACAUGGAUACUACAUUAAUAAUAUUACAUGGAUACUAUUACAUUAAUAAUAUUACAUGGAUACUAUUACAUUAAUACUAUUACAUGGAUACUAUUACAUGGAUACUAUUACAUGGAUACUAUUACAUGGAUACUAUUACAUGGAUACUAUUACAUGGAUACUAUUACAUGGAUACUAUCACAUGGAUACUAUCACAUGGAUACUAUUAAAUUAAUACUAUUACAUUAAUACUAUUACAUGGAUACUAUUACAUUAAUACUAUUGCAUGAUAUUAUUACAUUAAUAAUAUUACAUCGAUACUAUUACAUUAAUACUAUUACAUCGAUACUAUUACAUUAAUAAUAUUACAUGGAUACUAUUAUAUGGAUACUAUUACAUGGAUAAUAUCACAUGGAUACUAUUAAAUUAAUACUAUUACAUUAAUACUAUUACAUGGGUAAUAUUAUAUUAAUACUAUUACAAUAAUACUUUUACAUGGAUAUUAUUACAUUAAUAUGAUUACAUUAAUACUAUUACAUCGAUACUAUUACAUUAAUAAUAUUACAUGGAUUAUAUUAUAUAUAUACUUUUACAUGGAUACUAUGACAUGGAUACUAUUACAUGGAUAUUAUUACAUAUAUACUAUUACAUCGAUACUAUUACAUUAAUAAUAUUACAUGGAUACUAUUAUAUGGAUACUAUUACAUGGAUAAUAUCACAUGGAUACUAUUAAAUUAAUACUAUUACAUUAAUACUAUUACAUGGGUAAUAUUAUAUUAAUACUAUUACAAUAAUACUUUUACAUGGAUAUUAUUACAUUAAUAUGAUUACAUUAAUACUAUUACAUCGAUACUAUUACAUUAAUAAUAUUACAUGGAUUAUAUUAUAUAUAUACUUUUACAUGGAUACUAUGACAUGGAUACUAUUACAUGGAUACUAUUACAUUAAUACUAUUACAUGGAUAAUAUUACAUUAAUACUAAUACAUGGAUACUAUUACAUAGAUAAUUUUACAUGGAUACUAUGACAUGGAUACUAUUACAUGGAUAAUAUUACAUUAAUACUAUUACAUGGAUACUAUGAAAAAUUGGUCUGAAAUGAGCCUUCAGAGGGAUUGUGUAUUCAGAUAUUAGACACAUCUGGAGAUAGACUAUAGAACCCUACAGGGAUCAGCUGGAGAUAGACUAUAGAACCCUACAGGGAUCAGCUGGAGAUAGACUAUAGAACCCUACAGGGAUCAGCUGGAGAUAGACUAUAGAACCCUACAGGGAUCAGCUGGAGAUAGACUAUAGAACCCUACAGGGAUCAGCUGGAGAUAGACUAUAGAACCCUACAGGGAUCAGCUGGAGAUAGACUAUAGAACCCUACAGGGACAGCUGGAGAUAGACUAUAGAACCCUACAGGGAUCAGCUGGAGAUAGACUAUAGAAACCCUACAGGGAUCAGCUGGAGAUAGACUAUAGAACCCUACAGGGAACAGCUGGAGAUAGACUAUAGAACCCUACAGGGAUCAGCUGGAGAUAGACUAUAGAACCCUACAGGGAACAGCUGGAGAUAGACUAUAGAACCCUACAGGGAUCAGCUGGAGAUAGACUAUAGAACCCUACAGGGAUCAGCUGGAGAUAGACUAUAGAACCCUACAGGGAUCAGCUGGAGAUAGACUAUAGAACCCUACAGGGAUCAGCUGGAGAUAGACUAUAGAACCCUACAGGGAUCAGCUGGAGAUAGACUAUAGAACCCUACAGGGAUCAGCUGGAGAUAGACUAUAGAACCCUACAGGGAACAGCUGGAGAUAGACUAUAGAACCCUACAGGGAUCAGCUGGAGAUAGACUAUAGAACCCUACAGGGAUCAGCUGGAGAUAGACUAUAGAACCCUACAGGGAACAGCUGGAGAUAGACUAUAGAACCCUACAGGGAUCAGCUGGAGAUAGACUAUAGAACCCUACAGGGAUCAGCUGGAGAUAGACUAUAGAACCCUACAGGGAACAUCUGGAGAUAGACUAUAGAACCCUACAGGGAUCAGCUGGAGAUAGACUAUAGAACCCUACAGGGAACAUCUGGAGAUAGACUAUAGAACCCUACAGGGAUCAGCUGGAGAUAGACUAUAGAACCCUACAGGGAUCAGCUGGAGAUAGACUAUAGAACCCUACAGGGAACAGCUGGAGAUAGACUAUAUAACCCUACAGGGAUCAGCUGGAGAUAGACUAUAGAACCCUACAGGGAACAGCUGGAGAUAGACUAUAGAACCCUACAGGGAUCAGCUGGAGAUAGACUAUAGAACCCUACAGGGAACAGCUGGAGAUAGACUAUAGAACCCUACAGGGAUCAGCUGGAGAUAGACUAUAGAACCCUACAGGGAUCAGCUGGAGAUAGACUAUAGAACCCUACAGGGAUCAGCUGGAGAUAGACUAUAGAACCCUACAGGGAACAGCUGGAGAUAGACUAUAGAACCCUACAGGGAACAGCUGGAGAUAGACUAUAGAACCCUACAGGGAUCAGCUGGAGAUAGACUAUAGAACCCUACAGGGAUCAGCUGGAGAUAGACUAUAGAACCCUACAGGGAUCAGCUGGAGAUAGACUAUAGAACCCUACAGGGAACAUCUGGAGAUAGACUAUAGAACCCUACAGGGAUCAGCUGGAGAUAGACUAUAGAACCCUACAGGGAUCAGCUGGAGAUAGACUAUAGAACCCUACAGGGAACAGCUGGAGAUAGACUAUAUAACCCUACAGGGAUCAGCUGGAGAUAGACUAUAGAACCCUACAGGGAACAGCUGGAGAUAGACUAUAGAACCCUACAGGGAUCAGCUGGAGAUAGACUAUAGAACCCUACAGGGAACAGCUGGAGAUAGACUAUAGAACCCUACAGGGAUCAGCUGGAGAUAGACUAUAGAACCCUACAGGGAUCAGCUGGAGAUAGACUAUAGAACCCUACAGGGAUCAGCUGGAGAUAGACUAUAGAACCCUACAGGGAACAGCUGGAGAUAGACUAUAGAACCCUACAGGGAACAGCUGGAGAUAGACUAUAGAACCCUACAGGGAUCAGCUGGAGAUAGACUAUAGAACCCUACAGGGAUCAGCUGGAGAUAGACUAUAGAACCCUACAGGGAUCAGCUGGAGAUAGACUAUAGAACCCUACAGGGAUCAGCUGGAGAUAGACUAUAGAACCCUACAGGGAUCAGCUGGAGAUAGACUAUAGAACCCUACAGGGAUCAGCUGGAGAUAGACUAUAGAACCCUACAGGGAUCAGCUGGAGAUAGACUAUAGAACCCUACAGGGAUCAGCUGGAGAUAGACUAUAUAACCCUACAGGGAUCAGCUGGAGAUAGACUAUAGAACCCUACAGGGUUCUGCAAGGAGGAGAAAUGAUCCACUCUCAAAUCAAAUCAAGCACUAUACUAAUCUGUUUAAUUUGGAGUGGGAAUGUAAUCAUUAACAUCAUUUACAGAAGGCCACACAGCACUGGGUGAAGACUGCUAUUUUUAAGCACAGUGGUAAUUUCAUUGAAUUAAUUUAAUAGGGGUUUUGUCUGGUGUAUAAACAUAGCCUGCUACUGUAUCACUAUGAAUGCGUCUCAAAUGGCACCGUAUUCCCUAUAUAGUGCACUACCUUUGACCAGACCCCUAUGGGAGAGGGAGAGCCUAUGGGCCCUGGUCUAAAGUAGUGCACUAAAUAGGGAAUAGGGUGCCAUUUGAGAUGCAGACAUAUGGACCCUGGGUAUUGAGAUGUGAUGUGACUAAAGUAUCCUGUGUGGUGAGUGUUGUGUUAACCUAUUUCAGGCAUGGCAUCGUGACUCUCCAGGCUCUGUCUGAGUCCAACAGAAGGCUGUGGCUGGAGGCUAUGGAUGGCAAGGAGCCGGUGAUUAACCUCUCCCUCUCUCUUCUCACCUCUCUCUCUCUCUCUCUCUCUCUCUCUCUCUCUUUUCAUCUCUCCUUCUCACCUCUCCCUCUCUCUUCUCACCUCUCUCUCUCUCUAUAUCUCUCUCUUUUUCUCUCUCUCUCUCUCUCUUUUCAUCUCUCCUUCUCAACUCUCCCCCUCUCUCUCUCUCUAUCUCUCUCUGUCUCGCUCUCUCUCUCUCUCUCUCUCUCUCUUUUCAUCUCUCCUUCUCAACUCUCCCCCUCUCUCUCUCUCUAUCUCUCUCUGUCUCUUCUCUCUCUCUCUCUCUCUCUCUCUCUCUUUUAUAUUCCCACUCUUGUACAGUCUAGCUGCUUCUGGUGUCCGGCAGGGACAUAGUGAAAAUAUGUUUGUAUUUGGUGCCCCCUUCUGGCUGUAUGAAACAUAACUAUACUGUAGCUAUAGGACAGGUGUGUCAAACUGAAUUCCUGGGGGGCUGUAUGUCUGCGAGAUUUCACUCCUCCCUUAUACUUGAUUAAUCAAUUAACAUCAUUGAUUAGUUAGGAACUCCUCUUACCUGGUUGUCUAGGUUGUAGCCCUUUACACUCGUACCCAUAUACAGGUUGAAAAUGGCAGAUCUGGACACUGAUAAGCAGCUAAAUUGGAACACAGUGGCUGUACAGUAACAUGCUAUACAUGAGGUCAGAGCUCAGGGCCUGUGCUUCACAGCUCUGUCUGGGUUUUGACUGACAGCCUUUCUGAACUUGAGCACCUUGCUCGACAGUAAGAUGGCCUCCAUCCCUCCUGAUAAUUGGGUAAAUUAAGACGACUCUAUUUAUGUUUGAAAGAUGAAACAUUGAGGAUUAUAAUAAAUAUCGCUUCGAUGUCAUACAAGCAAGUCAAACGACCAGCUGACCCAGAUUGUGAUAGAUAAAAUAAAGUUUUUGGAUUGCGUAAACAACAACAGUAAUUGUGUGAUGGCGGGGAUGCAGGACUGUGUUCCAAACAAAACAACUACAAGUGUGCUUGCUCUAAAUCCUCAACGGCACAGCCAGGAGAGCUACAAAAAAACUAAAAAAAACACUUAUAGUUAAAGACUCUUCUUUGAGUCAUAAAAGUGCAUUGAAAUGACGUAGGAACUGUGCAGACUUGGAGAGGUGUGAGGCCACUUGGAGACACCAGCUAGUCCUCUCACUCAAACCCACACUUUGGAGAGGUGUGAGGCCACUUGGAGACACCAGCUAGUCCUCUCACUCAAACCCACACGUUGGAGAGGUGUGAGGCCACUUUGAGACACCAGUUAGUCCUCUCACUCAAACCCACACUUUGGAGAGGUGUGAGGCCACUUGGAGACACCAGUUAGUCCUCUCACUCAAACCCACACUUUGGAGAGGUGUGAGGCCACUUUGAGACACCAGUUAGUCCUCUCACUCAAACCCACACUUUGGAGAGGUGUGAGGCCACUUGGAGACACCAGUUAGUCCUCUCACUCAAACCCCCCAGUUUGGAGAGGUGCGAGGCCACUUGGAGACACCAGUUAGUCCUCUCACUCAAACCCACACUUUGGAGAGGUGUGAGGCCACUUGGAGACACCAGUUAGUCCUCUCACUCAAACCCACACUUUGGAGAGGUGUGAGGCCACUUGGAGACACCAGUUAGUCCUCUCACUCAAACCCACACUUUGGAGAGGUGUGAGGCCACUUGGAGACACCAGUUAGUCCUCUCACUCAAACCCACACUUUGGAGAGGUGUGAGGCCACUUGGAGACACCCAGUUAGUCCUCUCACUCAAACCCACACUUUGGAGAGGUGUGAGGCCACUUGGAGACACCAGUUAGUCCUCUCACUCAAACCCACACUUUGGAGAGGUGUGAGGCCACUUGGAGACACCAGUUAGUCCUCUCACUCAAACCCACACUUUGGAGAGGUGUGAGGCCACGUGGAGACACCAGUUAGUCCUCUCACUCAAACCCACACUUUGGAGAGGUGUGAGGCCACGUGGAGACACCAGUUAGUCUCUCACUCAAACCAACUUUGGAGAGGUGUGAGCCAUGGAGACCCGUUAGCUCCUCUCACUCAAAACCCACACUUUGGAGAGGUGUGAGGCCACUUGGAGACACCAGUUAGUCCUCUCACUCAAACCCACACUUUGGAGAGGUGUGAGGCCACGUGGAGACACCAGUUAGUCCUCUCACUCAAACCCACACUUUGGAGAGGUGUGAGGCCACUUGGAGACACCAGUUAGUCCUCUCACUCAAACCCACACUUUGGAGAGGUGUGAGGCCAAUUGGAGACACCAGUUAGUCCUCUCACUCAAACCCCACACUUUGGAGAGGUGUGAGGCCACUUGGAGACACCAGCUAGUCCUCUCACUCAAACCCACACGUUUGGAGAGGUGUGAGGCCACUUGGAGACACCAGUUUAGUCCUCUCACUCAAACCCACACUUUGGAGAGGUGUGAGGCCACUUGGAGACACCAGUUAGUCCUCUCACUCAAACCCACACUUUGGAGAGGUGUGAGGCCACUUGGAGACACCAGUUAGUCCUCUCACUCAAACCCACACUUUGGAGAGAGGUGUGAGGCCACUUGGAGACACCAGUUAGUCCUCUCACUCAAACCCACACUUUGGAGAGGUGUGAGGCCACUUGGAGACCACCAGUUAGUCCUCUCACUCAAACCCACACUUUGGAGAGUGUGUGAGGCCACUUGGAGACACCAGUUAGUCCUCUCACUCAAACCCACACUUUGGAGAGGUGUGAGGCCACUUGGAGACACCAGUUAGUCCUCUCACUCAAACCCACACUUUGGAGAGGUGUGAGGCCACUUGGAGACACAAGUUAGUCCUCUCACUCAAACCCAUACUUUGGAGAGGUGUGAGGCCACUUGGAGACACAGUUAGUCCUCUCACUCAAACCCACACUUUGGAGAGGUGUGAGGCCACUUGGAGACACCAGUUAGUCCUCUCACUCAAACCCACACUUUGGAGAGGUGUGAGGCCACUUGGAGACACCAGUUAGUCCUCUCACUCAAACCCACACUUGGAGAGGUGUGAGGCCACUUGGAGACACCAGUUAGUCCUCUCACUCAAACCCACACUUUGGAGAGGUGUGAGGCCACUUGGAGACACAAGUUAGUCCUCUCACUCAAACCCACACUUUGGAGAGGGUGUGAGGCCACGUGGAGACACCAGUUAGUCCUCUCACUCAAACCCACACUUUGGAGAGGUGUGAGGCCACUUGGAGACACCAGUUAGUCCUCUCACUCAAACCCACACUUUGGAGAGGUGUGAGGCCACUUUGAGACACCAGUUAGUCCUCUCACUCAAACCCACACUUUGGAGAGGUGUGAGGCCACUUGGAGACACCAGUUAGUCCUCUCACUCAAACCCACACUUUGGAGAGGUGUGAGGCCACUUGGAGACACCAGUUAGUCCUCUCACUCAAAACCCACACUUUGGAGAGGUGUGAGGCCACGUGGAGACACCAGUUAGUCCUCUCACUCAAACCCACACUUUGGAGAGGUGUGAGGCCACUUGGAGACACCAGUUAGUCCUCUCACUCAAACCCACACUUUGGAGAGGUGUGAGGCCACUUUGAGACACCAGUUAGUCCUCUCACUCAAACCCACCACUUUGGAGAGGUGUGAUGCCACUUGGAGACACCAGUUAGUCCUCUCACUCAAACCCACACUUUGGAGAGGUGUGAGGCCACUUGGAGACACCAGUUAGUCCUCUCACUCAAACCCACACUUUGGAGAGGUGUGAGGCCACUUGGAGACACCAGUUAGUCCUCUCACUCAAACCCACACUUUGGAGAGGUGUGAGGCCACUUGGAGACACCAGUUAGUCCUCUCACUCAAACCCACACUUUGGAGAGGUGUGAGGCCACGUGGAGACACCAGUUAGUCCUCUCACUCAAACCCACACUUUGGAGAGGUGUGAGGCCACUUGGAGACACCAGUUAGUCCUCUCACUCAAACCCACACUUUGGAGAGGUGUGAGGCCACUUUGAGACACCAGUUAGUCCUCUCACUCAAACCCACACUUUGGAGAGGUGUGAGGCCACUUGGAGACACCAGUUAGUCCUCUCACUCAAACCCACACUUUGGAGAGGUGUGAGGCCACUUGGAGACCACCAGUUAGUCCUCUCACUCAAACCCACACUUUGGAGAGGUGUGAGGCACGUGGAGACACCAGUUAGUCCUCUCACUCAAACCCACACUUUGGAGAGGUGUGAGGCCACUUGGAGACACCAGUUAGUCCUCUCACUCAAACCCACACUUUGGAGAGGUGUGAGGCCACUUUGAGACAACCAGUUAGUCCUCUCACUCAAACCCACACUUUGGGAGAGGUGUGAGGCCACUUGGAGACACCAGUUAGUCCUCUCACUCAAACCCACACUUUGGAGAGGUGUGAGGCCACUUGGAGACACCAGUUAGUCCUCUCACUCAAACCCACACUUUGGAGAGAUGUGAGGCCACUUGGAGACACCAGUUAGUCCUCUCACUCAAACCCUUGGCAUUGUGUUUAGUCUUAUGUGGCACCUACCCCCCGUUCUCCAGGAAUAUUCUGAUCAUGUUACUGAAUGUUUCCAGAGUAUUUUCAGAUUUUGUUAUCAACAAAUGAGGCGAAAAGGACAGUAAAUGUAAAAUGCACAUAAAAUCAACAUUGUAAUGUUUGGAUUCAGUCUUGUGUCAGGUGAACUCUUGUGUCCUCACCUUUGGUCUAAUAAUUUUCCCAUAAUCUCCAAACUGUUCCCUUUCAAUUGCUACCAUUGUUAUGCAUUUCCAUAUUUCUUCUGUAAGAAACAUUUAAAUGAUGCCCUAUCCAUAUAGGACAAUUCCCAUGAGUGUAAAGGGUUAAUAACAAACAUGUCCCUCCUGGAAGUGAGUUUGGACACCCUGCUUUAGGAUGUGUCCUCUGUAAGAUGGUUUGGACACCCUGCUUUAGGAUGUGUCCUCUGUAAGAUGGUUUGGACACCCUGCUUUAGGAUGUGUCCUCUGUAAGAUGGUUUGGACACCCUGCUUUAGGAUGUGUCCUCUGUAAGAUGGUUGGACACCCUGCUUUAGGAUGUGUCCUCUGUAAGAGGUUUGGACACCCUGCUUUAGGAUGUGUCCUCUGUAAGAUGGUUUGGACACCUGCUUAGGAUGUUCCUCUGUAAGAUGGGUUUGGACACCUGUGUAGGUGUGUCCUCUGUAAAAUGGUUUGGGACACCCUGCUUUAGGAUGUGUCUCUGUAAGAUGGUUUGGACACCCUGCUUUAGGAUGUGUCCUCUGUAAGAUGGUUUGGACACCCUGCUUUAGGAUGUGUCCUCUGUAAGAUGGUUUGGACACCCUGCUUUAGGAUGUGUUUUCUGUAAGAUGGUUGGACACCCUGCUUUAGGAUGUGUCCUCUGUAGAUGGUUUUGGACACCCUGCUUUAGGAUGUGUCCUCUGUAAGAUGGUUUUGACACCCUGCUUUAGGAUGUGUCCUCUGUAAGAUGGUUUGGACACCCUGCUUUAGGAUGUGUCCUCUGUAAGAUGGUUUUGACACCCUGCUUUAGGAUGUGUCCUCUGUAAGAUGGUUUUGACACCCUGCUUUAGGAUGUGUCCUCUGUAAAAUGGUUUGGACACCCUGCUUUAGGAUGUGUCCUCUGUAAAAUGGUUUGGACACCCUGCUUUAGGAUGUGUCCUCUGUAAGAUGGUUUUCAACUGAGUGUAAUUAACUCUGUUGAUUUUCUCCAGAUUUACAACCUUCCAGCCAUUCUGAGCAAGAAAGAAGAGAGUAAGUAUUUUAUCGAACACUCAUAUGAAUAUACUACACAACACAUGUACAGCAUAUUACAGUUCUGACUUUCCUAAGUGUCCAAAGAGUAAAUCAUAUGUCUAAUGACAGAUGCAUUAUCUAAUGCUAACCCUAAAACCAUUGUAUUGCUUGUUGUUGUUGUUGUUGUUGUUGUUGUUGUUGUCUGUAGCCAUCCACUUUUACCCAUUAACUCCACCUACGCAGUUAGACUCAGUUGAAUAGCGUGAAUCAUCAUUAGUACACACUCUCUGUGUGAGAGAACAAAGCUGCAAUCACAACACUCAGAUUAUUCAUCCCAUUCCCUCUACAGUGCACUACUAUUCAACAGAGACCCGCGGGCCCUCAAGUUCUGUGUAUUAAACCCAGUCAACCCUGCUCUUUAUCUUCCCUGUGUUUCAGCGUACCUAAACGAGGCAGGGUUUAAUUUUGUGAGGAAAUGUAUUGACCUGGUGGAGGUACGAGGUGAGUCAUCAGAGCAGACAUUUUCUCUCCCUGCUCCCAGGCUUCAGCUGUCAAAACAGUCUCACUGUAAUGCUGCGUGACCAAGCACGGGAAACCAACACCACUUCGAUUCUCAUUAGGUUUAUGUGUGUUGGGUGUGUGUGUGUGUGUGUGUGUGUGUGUGUGUGUGUGAUCUCAUAGGGAUCAACACGUUGGGGCCUCUACAGAAAUAGGAGGGGUCAACUCUAAGGUCCAGAAGUUGAUGGACCACUGUGUUUUGGUAAGUAGGCCUCUGGCUAUCUCGCUCUCUCUAGCGCAGGUCUUCGUCUCUCUAUAUCUCUGCCUUAUCGUCUCUAUCUCUCUAUCUAUAUCAUGUCUCUCUUCUUCUCUCUAUAUCUCUCCUCUCUCGAUUCUACUAUCUCUCUCUAUCUCUCUCUCAUCUCUCUCGUAUCUAUUUCUUUCCUCUCUCUCACUCUCUCUCUCUCUAUCUCUCUCUCUCUAUCUUCUCCUCUCUCUCUCUCUCUUCUCUCUCUCUGCUAGGUAUCCACAUCGCCUUAUGACAGCGGGUGUAGACUUACGUGAAAUGUUUUUACGAGCCCUUUCCCAACGAUGCAGAGGUAAAAAAGAAUAUACAAAUAUAAAUAGGAACCACAGGAGGAAAAUAUAAAAUACACAAGAACGGAGCUAAUACAGGGAGUCCAGUACCAGACUCAUGUGGAGCUAUAACAGGGAGUACCAGUACCAGAUCAAUGUGGAGCUAUUAUACAGGGAGUACCAGUACCCAGAUCAGGUGGAGCCUAUAUACAGGGAGUACCAGAUCAAUGUGGAGGUAUAUAAAGGGGAGUUACCUGUACCAGUCAAGUGGCAGCUAAUACAGGAAGUACAGUCACCAGAUCAAUGUGGGAGAUAUAUACGGGAGUACCAGAUCAACGUGGAGUAUAUACAGGGAUACCAGGAUCAAUGUGGGCUAUAUACAGGGCAGUACCCAGUACCAGAUCAAAUGUGGAGCUAUAUACAGGAGUACCAGUACCAGAUCAAUGUGGAGCCAUAUACAGGGAUAGUAUCCAGUACCAUAAAUGUGGAGCUAUUACAGGGAGUACAGACCAGAUCAAGGUGGAGCGAUAUACAGGGUAAGGUACCAGAACAGGAUCAAGUGGAGCUAUACAGGGAUUUACAGUACAGAUCAAUGUGGAGCUAGAUUUACAGGGUAGUACCAGUACCAGAUCAAUGGGGAGCUAUCUACAGGGAGUACCAGUACCCAGCUCAAUGUGGAGACUAUAUACAGGAGUACCAGAUCAAUGUGGAGCGAUAUACAGGGAGUACCAGAACCCGAUAAUGUGGAGCUAUACACAGGGAAGUACCAGUUACCAGAUCAAUGUGAGCUAUUACGGGAGUAAAGUACCAGAUCAAGUGGUAGCGAUAUACAGGGAGUAGCAGAACCAGAUCCAUGUGUGAGCUAAUCCAGGGAGUACCAGAUCCAUGUGGAGCUAUAUACAGGAGUACCAGAUCAAGUGGAGAUAUAUUACAGGGGUACCAGUCAAUGUGGAGCUAUAUAAAGGGAGUACCAGUACAGAUAUGUGGAGCUUAUUACAGGAAGAGUACCAGUACCGAUUCCUCAAUGUGGAGCGAUUAAAGGAAGACCAGUCCCAGAUCAAUGUGUGAGCUCUAUACAGGAGAACAGUACCAGAUACCAAUGUGGAGUAUAACAGGGAGUACCGUUACCAGAUCAAUGGGAGCUAUAUACAGGGAAGUACAGUACAAGAUCAAUGUGUAGCUAUGGACAGGGAGUACCAGAACAAUGUGGAGCUAUAUACAGGGAGUACCAGUACCAGGCUCAACCCGCAGGAGGAGAUACGGGUAGUACCAGUACCAGAUCACAUGUGAGAUAAUAGACAGGGAAAGUACAAGAUCAAUGUGGCGCUAUAUACAUGGAGUACAGAACCAAUGUGGAUAUAUUACAGGAGUACAGACCCAGAUCAAAUGUGGGCUAUAAAAGGGGACCGAUCAAUGUGGGCUAUAUACAUGGGUACCAGAAAACAAUGUGGAGCUAUUCACAGGGAGUCACAGUACCAGAUCAAUGUGGAGCUAAUACAGGGAGUACCAGAUCAAUGUGGUGGAGCUAUAUACAAGGGAGUACCAGUACCAGAGCAAUGUGGAGCUAUAUACAGGGGUACCAGUACCAGAUCAAUGUGGAGCUAUAUACAGGGAGUACCAGUACCAGAUAAAUGUGGAGCUCUAUCAGGAGAGUACCCAGUAGCAAGAUCAAGUGGAGCUAUUACAGGGAGUACCAGUUACAGAUCCAAUGUGGAGCUAUAUACAGGGAAGUACCAGUUUACCAGAUCAAUGUGAGCUUAUAACAGGACCCAGUUACCAGUACCAGAAUCAACGGGGAGCUAAUACGGAAAGUACAGUACCAGAUCAAUGUAGAGCAGAUAGGAAGUACCAGACCAGAUCAAGGUGGAGCUAUAUACAGGGAGUACAAUAACAAUGUGGAGCUAUAUACAGGGAGUACCAGUACCAGAGCAAUGUGGAAGCUAGGAGCUAUAUACAGGGAGUAUCAAACCAGAUCAAUGUGGAGCUAUUAUACAGGGAGUACCGUACCAGGAUCAAUGUGGAGAUAUAUACAGGGAAGAAGUACCAGGACCGAUCAACAUGUGGAAGCUAUAUAAGGAAGUUACCAGUAACAGAUCAAUGUGGAGCUAUAUACAGGAAAGUACCAGUUACCAGAUCAAUGUGGAAGCGAAUACUACAGGGAGAUACAGUACAGAUCAAGGUGGAGCUAAUAUAAGGGAGACCAGAACCAGGAGCAAUGUGGAGCUAUCUACAGGGAGUAACAGUACCAGAUCAAUGUGGAGCUAUAUACAGGAAGUACCAGUUACCAGAUCAAGUGGAGAUAACGGGAGUACCUCGGUACCAGAUCAAUGUGAGCUUAUACAGGGAGUACCAGGUUAUCACUGUGGAGCAUACAGGGAGAGUACCAAUCAAUGUGGAGCUAUAUACAGGGCGUACAGUUACCAGAUCAAUGUGGAGCUAUAUACAUGGAGUACCAGAAAAGUGUGGAGCCUAUAUACAGGGAGGUACAGUACCAGAUCAACUGUGGAGUAUAUACAGGGAGGACCAGUACAGAUCAAUGGGAGCUAUUAAGGGAGAUACCAGUACCAGAUCAAGUGGGGGAGCUAUAUACCAGGGAGUCCAGUACCAGAUCAAGUGGAGCUACUAUCAGGAAGUACCAGUACCAGAUCAAUGUGGAGCUAUAUACAGGAAUUACCAGUACCAGAUCAAGUAGAGCUUAUAUACAGGAAGUACCAGACCAAGACAAAUGUGGAAGUAUAUACAGGGAGUACCAUAACAUGUGGAAGAUAUACAGGGAGACCAGUACCCAGAUCAAUGUGGAGCUAUAUACAGGAAGUACCAGUACCAGAUUCAAUGUGGAGCUAUCUAAGGAAGUACCAGUACCAGAUCAAUGUGGAGCUAUAUUACAGGAGAAGUACCAGUACCAGUCAAUGUGGAGUAUUAUACAGGGAGUUAGUUACCAGUUUGACCAGAUCAAUGUGGAGCUAUAACAUGGCGUACCCAGGAUCAAUGUGGAAGCUUAGUAUACGGGCAGUACCCGUACCAGAUCAAUACGGAGCUAUAUACCGGGAUAGUACACAUAGCAAUGUGGAGUAUAUACAGGGAGUUACAGAUCAAUGUGGAAGCUAUAUACAGAGAGUACCCCCAGUACCAGAUUCAAUGUGGAGCUAUAUACAGGAAGUACAGUACCAGACAAUGUGGGAGCUCUGAUACAGGGAGUACCAGUACCAGAUCAAUGUGGAGCUAUAUAAGGGAGUACCAGUACCAGUCAAUUAUGGAGCUAUAUACAGGGCAGUACCCGUUACCGAUCAAUGUGGAGUAUAUACGGGAGUACAGUACCCAAUCAAUGUAGGAGCUAUAACAGGGAUUACAGUACCCGGAUCAAUGUGGUGGAGCUAUAUACAGGGAGUACCAGUCCAGGAUCAAUGUGGAGCUAAUACAGGAUUACCAGCUACCAGAUCAAUGGGAGCUAAUGACAGAAGUACUGUACCAGAUCAAUGUGGGGAGCCUUAUAUUUACAGGGGAGUACCAGAUCACUGUGGAGUAUAUCAGGGAAGUACCAGAUAGAUGUAAGAGCUAUAUACAGGGAGUACAGUACAGAUUCAAUUGUGGGUAUAUACAGGGAGCUAACAGACCAGAUCAAUGUGGAAGGUAUAUAAAGGGUAGUACCAGUACCAUAUCAAUGUGGAAGGUAUAUACAGGGAGUACCAGUACAGAUCAAUGUGGAGCUAUAUACAGGGAGUACCAGAUCAACGUGGGAAGCUUAUACAGGAGUACCAUACCAGUCAAUGUGGACUAUAUACAGGGAGUACCAGAUCAAUGUGGAAGCUAUAACAGGGCAGGACCAAGUACCAGAUCAAUGUGGAGCUAUAUACAGGAGUACCAGAGCAAUGUGCGAGCUAAUACAUGGAAGUACCAGAACAAUGUGGAGCUAUAUACAGGGAGAGUACAGUACCGAACAAUUGUGAGCUAGAUACAGGGAGUAAAGUACCAAUCAAGGUGUGAGCUAUAUACAGGGAGUACCAGUACAGAUUCAAUGGGGAGCUAAUACAAGGGAGUACCAGUACCAGGAGUCAAUGUGGAGCUAGAUACAGAAAAGUACAAGUACCGAUCAAUGUGGAGAUAUAUAACAGGAGUUGUACCAGUAACCAGAUCAAUGUAGAGAUAUAUAACAGGAAGUAACAGUACCCAGUCAAGUGGCAGCUAUAUACAGGGAGUACCAAACAAUGUGGAGUGAGCUAUAUACAGGAGACAAUACCAGAUCAUGUGGAGCAUAUACAGGAAGUACCAAGUACAGAUCAAUGUGGAGCAUAUACAGGAAGUACCAGUACCAGCUCAAUGUGGAGCUAUAUAAUGGAAGUACCAGUUACAAUCACUGGAGGCUAUAAUACAGGGAGUAAUACCAGUACCAGAUCAAUGUGAGAGAUUAUACAUGGAGUACCAGAUCAAUGUGGAGCUAUGUAUACAGGGAGUAGCCAGUACCAGAUCAAUAUGGAGCUUACACAGGGCGUACCAGAUCAUGUGGAGCUAUAGACAGGGAGUACCAGAUUCAAUGGGAGCUAUAACAGGGGAGUACAAAGUUACCAGAGCAAUAUGGAGCUAUAUACAGGGAGUACCAGUACCAGAUCAAUGUGAGGCUAUAUACAGGGAGAGUACCGUACCAAUCAAUGUGUAGCAUAUACAGGGAAGUACCAUACCAAUCAAUGUGGAGAUAUGACAGGAGUACCAGCUCAAUGUGGAGCAGCUAUAUACAGGGAGCAAGUACCAGGUACCAGAUCAAUGUGGAGCUUAUAUACAGGAAGUACCAGUUAUCCAGAUCAAUGUGGAGCUAUAUCAGGAAACAUUACCUGUACCAGAUCAAUGUGGAGUAUAUACAGGGAGUUACAGAUCAAUGUGGAGCUAUAACAGGGAGUACCAGUACCAGAUCAAUGUGGAGAGCUAUAUACAGGGGAGUACCAGGAUCAAUUGUGGAGCUAUAUACAGGGAGUACCAGUGUACCAGAUCAAUGUGGAGCUAUAUACAGGGAGUACAGUAAGAUCAAUGUGGAGCUAUAUACAGUGAAGUACCAGUACCAGAUCAAUGUGGAGCUAUUACAGGAAGUACCGGUACCAGAUUCAAUUUUAGGAGCUAAUACAGGGAGUACCAGAUCAAUGUGGAGCUAUAUACAGGGAGUACCAGUAGUCCAGAUCAAUGUGGAAGCUUAUACAGGGAAAGUACAGAUCAAGGUGGGCUAUAUACAGGGCGAUACCAGGAUCAAGUAGAGCUAUUACAGGGAGUACCAGACCAGACAAUGUGGAGCUAUAUGCAGGGAGUAACCAGAUACCAGAUCUCAGGUGGAAUGUUAUAUACAGGAAGUACCAGUGACCAGACAAUGUGGGAGCUAGAUACAGGGAGUACAGAUCAACUGGCAGCUAUAUACAGGAGUACCAGUACCAGAUCAAUGGGCCUAUAUCAGCGGAGUAACAGUACAGAUUCAUGUGGAGCUAUUACAGGAAAAGUACCAGUACAGGAUCAUGUGGAGCUAUAUACAGGGAGUACCAUACCAAAUGGCAGGGGUAUGAGGUAUUUUGCGGUCGAUAUGGACAUGAAGGCAGGGUGGUAAAGUGACUAGGCAUCAGGAUAGAUAAUAAUAAGGUAUUUGAGGUAGAUAUGUACAUGAAGCAGGGGUAAAGGGACUAGGCAUUCCGGAUAGAUACUAAUAAGGAUGGAAGGUGAUAUGUACCAUGGAAGGCAGGUAAGUGACUAGGCAUCAGGAUAGAUAAUAAGAAGUAUUUGAGGUUAGAAUGAUGGACAUGAAGCAGGGUAAAGUGACUCGGCAUCAGGAUAGAGAAUAAUAAGGUAUUCGAGGAGCAUGUAAAUGAAGAGGGGGUAAGUGACUGGCUCAGGAUAGAUAAAUAUACAAGUAUUUGAGGUAGAUAGGUAAUAUGUACAGAAGCAGGGGAACGGACUAGACAUCAGGAUUAGAUAAUAAAGGUAUGAAGGUAGAUCUGUACAUGAAGGCAGGGUGUACAGGGUAAAGGAUAGGCAUAGGAUAGAUAAUAAUAAAGGUAUUUGAGGUAGAUCUGUACAGAAGGCAGGGUAAAGGGACUUAGGCAUUCAGGAUAGAUAAUAAUAAGGUAUUGAAGGUAGAUUAGGGACAUGAAGGAGGGUUUUUUUUUUUUUUUAAUGACUAGGCAUAGGUAGAUAAUAUAAUAAGGUAUUUGAUGGUAGUAUAUGACAUAGCAGGGUAUAAAGUGACUAGGCAUAAGGAUAGAUAAUCAUAAGAAAUUGAGGUGAUAUGUACAUGAAGGCAGGGUGGUAAAGUGACUAGGCAUCAGAUAGAUAUCAUAAGUAUUUGAGGUAGAUAUGUCAUGAAGGCAGGGUAGUAUAAAGGACUAGCAUCAGGAUUAGAUAGUAAUAUACGGUAUUUGAGGGAGAUUGACAG